ACAAAACUAACAUUUCAUUUGGGGCUAUUCUUAUUCUUAUUCAAAAUUCAAUACAUUACAAGAAGCAUUACAAAAGCCAGCCCCCUUUUUUUUGUUCUGCUGCUUCAUCUCUGAAUUCGUCGUCUCCUCUCCCUUCAGCUUCUGGAUCAUUUUUUACAAACGUAUUCACUACUACAGGUGAAUUUCGAUGAAGAUGGUGAACAUCAGGCGUGCAAACAGUGAUCGCAUGCCUGGCACUUCUCCAAAGGUUGAGGUAGGAGAGAUUGAUACUAGAGCACCCUUUCAAUCUGUUAAAGCUGCUGUUAGUUUGUUCGGUGAAGUGGCUGUUUCCAGGGAGAAACCUACUCUUAGGAAAUCCAAACUCUCCUCAGAGAAUGUGAUUGACAAGGAAACACAGCUUCUGUUGGCGCAGAAGGAGCUCAACCAUAUCAAGCAGAAGCUGGAGGGUGCUGAAACUACAAAAACUAAAGUACGGACCGAGCUAGAAAGGUCUAAGAGAACUCUGCAGGAUCUUACCGCUAAACUCAAAACCGUAAGGGAAGCCAAGGAAAUGGCAAUUAAAGCCACAGAAGCUGUCAAGGAACAGGCCAAACAACUUGAAAAGGCCAAAUCCAAGAAACAUUUAGAAUGCAGUGUUCGGAAACAGGAGCUGGAGGAUGCAAGAGAGUUGUACAUCAAUAGUGCAACCAACCUCGAUGCUGGAAAGCAAGAACUCAACAAGAUCAGGCAGGAUUUUGAUGCAGCCUUGGAGGCCAAAUUGACCGCAUUCCAGCAGGCAAUAGAAGCGCAGCGCGCUGCCAAAGUACAUUCUGAUAGGGCUGCAGAGCUUUCGAAGGAAAUCUCAGCUAUGAAAGAAGCAAUAGAACAACUGAAGUUUGUCACUCAGGAAGCACUGCAACAGCAGGCAGAAAUCCUGGAAGCUAAAAAUGCCAUGGAACAAUCUUAUAAGAAUGUUACGGAGGACGCGAACGAAAAAUUGCUAGCCUUGAAGAAAGAAUACGAUUCAGAGCUGAUUAGAAAUCUGGAGCUCAAACUAGCAACAACAACGGAAGAGGUUGAGUUUUUACAAGUAGAGAUGAAGAAGGCUCAUGCUUCUGAAAUGGAUUCCGUAAGGAUUAUAACCACGGAGCUGAAUGAAGCUACCAGGACAUUGCAACACAUUGCAGAGGAAGAAUGCUCUCUUCGGACCUUGGUAUGUUCCCUCAGGAUGGAAUUGGAAGAUGUUAAGAGGGAGCAAGCUGAAGUCAAGAAGGAAGCAGAAAGAGACUCCAUUUUGGAAGAAGAACAAAAGAAAAAGACGCAAGAGGACACCAUGAAACUUGAGAAGCUAUUUUCAGAAAUUGGAAAAACAAAACGGGAAACAGAAAAGAUGAACAAAAAAGUUCAAGAGCUAAAGCAAGAAGCUGAGACUGCGCAAAGAGUGGCAGAGGAAGCUGAGAAAAAGCUUGAAAUUGCUUUGAAAGAGGUGGUAGAGGGAAAAGAAAUGGAGAAGAAGGCUGUAGACGAAAUGAAGGCUUUAUCGGAGAGAGAGAGGAGUGCCAACAAAGAAUCUGGUGGGAAGAUUAGGAUAUCAGUGGAGGAAUUUGAGUCUUUGAAGAAGAAAGUCGAUGAAUCUGGGCCUGAAGCUAACAAGAAAGUUGAAACUGCCAUGGCAGAGCUGGAAGCAAUCAAUGGAACCACAGAAGAACUGGCUAAAAAAUUGGAGGCAAAUUUGGAAGCAGUAGAGGAGAUCAAUGAAGCAAUAGAGAUGGCUGUGAAGUCAGCGGAGAUGGCACAGGCAGUGGAGAGGGUAGUCGAGGGCGAACUUAGAAGGUGGCGUCAACAAGAAGUGGUAGCUUGAGCCACUUCAGGAACUCUUCUUGAAAUUUAUAAAGUUUGCUACUUGUGUCAUCUGUCUCUUUCUGAAAACUUUCUUCAGAUUUGGCCAGGCCUGAUUUUGUAUUUUACGAAAGAGUAGAUGCAGUUUCCAUUUUCUUAAAUCACUUGUUGGAGGAAAGAGUUUGAGAGGAUUUACCUCUUGUGCUGUGAUUCUGUCUUGAAUUCAUGGAUUCUGAUUUCCAUUCUUGCACCAGUGAGAGGAUUUGCUAUGUAGAUUUAAGGGCUGCCUCAAAACCAGAUGAUGGGGCCACCCAGAAAGCAUAUGUAUAUGAAAACACACGAGACAUCAGCUGUGUCCUGAAAUAAAAGAUUGUUGUUAGU